AUGUAUUGGAAUGCCGCUAAUAGUACUAAUUCAACAAAAUCAUUAAUUCCACAGGAAAAAACAAUCAUCAAGAAGGGAAUUAUUAGAUUUUUAUAUCUUGUCAUUGAUUGCAGUAAUGGAAUAAUGUUACCAUCACAACAUGAUGAGAAAACAUCCCGAGCACAAUCCGUUAUUUCAACAGCAAAGGAAUUCAUCAAGGAAUAUUUUGAUCAAAAUCCACUCUCACAAUUGGGAAUUAUUACCACAAAGAAUGGUGUUGCAAAAAUUUUAAAAGAACUAACAGGAAAUGUAAAGCAACUAGUAUCAGAAUUGAAAAAGUCUUUUGGGGGAGAUCCAUCACUUCAAAAUGUAUUGAACCUAAGUUAUGAUUCACUUCAUCAAAUACCCAAUUAUGGUUCUAAGGAAGUUGUGGUAAUCUAUUGUUCAUUAUCGUCCUGUGAUCCUGAUAAUAUUUUCUCGACAAUCAAACAACUCAAAGAUAAUAAUAUUAGAGUUUCAUUAAUUAGUUUGGAUGCUGAGGUGUUUGUUUGCAAACAAAUUGCAAAACAAACCCAAGGUACUUAUAGUGUACCAACAGAUGAUGAACAUUUCAAAGAAGUAUUAAUGGCACAUGCAGCUCCUCCCCCAACUACAUCCUCUUCUUCUACAAAAAUUGUAGCUCCUCCAUCCAUGAGAAUGGGUUUCCCUCAGAGAAGAGCUCAGACUCUCUACUCUAUGUGUUUAUGUCACAAAAAGAUUACACCUGGUGGAUAUAUCUGCCCUCGCUGUAAAAGUAAAUAUUGUGACUUGCCGGUUGAGUGCUCAACCUGUGGAUUAAUGCUUGUUUCCUCUCCUCAUUUGGCUCGUUCAUACCACCAUCUUUUCCCAGUACAACAAUUCAUUGAUUAUCAACCAAGAGAGGGAGAAGAACCCUACUGUUAUGGAUGUCAGAAAUCAUUGCCAAAAGAAUCAUUUAUUAGUUUACAAUGUCCAAGUUGCAGUAAUAUUUUCUGUGUUGAAUGUGACGCUUUUAUUCAUGAGUCUCUUCAUAAUUGUCCUGGAUGUAAUUAA